UGCACAACAGCCGCCAGGAACUCCAAGAACUGACUCGCUGCAUCCAAACAGUAAAGAUGGACAUUGGAAAGCUCAAGAAAAAGAACACCAGGCUGCAGGACACCAUUGCCAAUUCUGAGAAACGUGGUGAUCAUGCCCUCCAAGAUGCCAAGGAAAAACUGCACGACUUGGAACGCGCCCUUCAGAAGGCCAAAGAUAAAUUCACUCAGCUGCAACAAGAUUUUCAGGAACAGCUAAAUGACAAACUAGCACUAGAGAUUGAGUCCAACUUCUGCAGAAAACAGCUGGAAAGAAGAGGUUGCAGGUAGAUGGAAUACAUGACAUAUAAAGCUCAAA